CCUCACCCCGGCCAAGCAUCGCGAGAGCUGGCUGGCGCCGCCGCGGGCCGCUGCCGCCUCGCCUCGGCCACUCCAGCACCGGGCGAGAGGCAGGAAGGACAAUGGCAGCGGCAGCCGGGCGCUUCCUGGCAGCGGCCGCGGCUCCCUCGGCGCGGGCGGGCGCGGGCGGACUGCUCCGCGCCCCGGUCGUGCCCGUUGUGCCCUCCCGCGGAGCCACCGUCACUCGCAGCGGCGCCAUUUUGCCCCAGCCGGUUAAGAUGCCCUUCGGCCUCCUCAGAGUAUUUAGCGUUGUGAUCCCUUUCCUGUAUGUCGGAACUCAGAUCAGUAAGAACUUCGCAGCCCUACUUGAAGAACACGAUAUCUUUGUCCCAGAGGACGACGACGACGACGAUUAAAGGAAUUUAAUGGAAGAACAGAAAUGAGGAAGCUAUUGGCAAAGAAAUGUUUCUGACAUGUCACCUGUGUUUUGCCCUUCCUAAAGAGGAAGGGCAGGGAGCCCUGUAUCCCCUUUGCCAGUAAUUGUCCUUUGCAUGUCUGUAUGAGAGAAAAUUAUAGAUCAAGGUUGAAGGGAGUAAUUGAUAGGACUACAUCCUUGCAUACACUAGCUUCGCCUCACAAAAGACUGCUUGGGAUUCCUUUUACUAGCUAAAUGAAAAACAUAAUUAAAGAACAACAGACUGAGAAGUA